AUGAGUGAGGGUCGUCAGACUCAUUAAGGAUCAAGAGAGAGAGAGAGCACAGAUAUAAAAAUACUCAGUAGCAACUGGCACUCACUCUUGCACCGUGACAUCUGAUUAACUGCUUGUCGAUCUCAGUUGUAUGUUGAUAACGAGCAACGGACAGUUUGACUCAGAGCUCAUUCCUGUACAGAUGGGAAAGAGACAGUGAGAGAGAAACUGUUUCCAAGACUUCCUGAAAGACACUGCAACGUUGGACAAUGACUACUGCACCUAGAGAGCUGGAUGAGCUGUGCUACCUCACGGCUCAGUCCAUGACAUCACUGGUGACAUCAGAGCACUUCAAGCUGAUCAAAAAGCUGGGAGAGGGGUCGUAUGGCAAAGUGAUGCUGGCGGUGCAUCAGAAGAGAGGAACCCCAAUGGCUCUGAAGUUCUUCCCCCGUCGCUCUACCUCUCUCCAAGCUUUCCUGCGUGAAUACAAUCUGUCUGUCUCCUAUUGCACACACCCGUCUCUGACGCGGGCUAUAGGCAUCUUCUACUCCACGCCUUCUCACUAUGUCUUCGCCCAGGAGGCUGGUCUCUAUGGCGACCUGUAUGAUGUCAUUGUGUCAGAGGAGGGGGUGAGUGAGGAGUGUGCUCAGCGUGUGAUGUCUCAGUUGAGUGGUGCUGUGUCUCACCUGCAUUCCCUUGGCUUUGUGCACCGUGACAUCAAGCCAGAGAACAUCUUCUUGUGUGACCGUGUUUGUCGCUGGGUCAAACUGGGCGACUUCGGCCUGGCGCGGGCACAGGGGACAAAGGUCCGUGCUGUGUGGUACAACUCCCCUUUCUGUGUGCCCGAGAUGGAGUGCGCUAAGACAGUCAAUGAGGCAGAGGAGGAAGCAGAGGACAUCUGGAUGUCCGUGGAGCCCAGUUUGGAUACUUGGGCUUUAGGGAUCCUCAUAUACUGCCUGCUGACGAGCUGCUUUCCCUGGGAGGAGACCACUUCUGAUGACCCUUCCUACUGCAAGUACAGAGACUGGUUCAAUCAAACCAAACAGAGAGAGGAGAGGGUCAGAGGACAGAACGGACUGAGGGAGGGAGAUCAUUGUGAAAAGCAAAACACUGUGAGAGAGGAGAAUGAGGCUGAAUUAGAAGUUGCCCCUCAGUUUGACUCUUUAAGCUCAUUCGUCCUCAUUCUUCUGAGAAAGCUGCUAAACCCGCUGCCCUGGCUUCGCCCCGGGCCUGAAGAGAUCCUGUCCUACCUUGGAGGACCUUGGUUGCUGAAGACAGAGAAAGAGGAGAUGAGGAGAGAGCAGGAGGCGCACAUGGAGGCCAAGAAGAUCCACGAGAGAGGAGGGGUGGAAGAGGGAAAAGAGAUAUUGGGAAGGAGGGAGAGAUAAAGUUAAUGUAUGACAGCAAUAUUAUAAACAGAUGUACUUUAUAUUCAAGAGUUUUUAUAUAGUGUUUAUAUUUUGGAAUAUUAGUUUUUUUUACAAAUAGACUAGUUUUUAUAAAAAUAACUUGAUGUAUAAGUAGACUAUAUGUACAAUCAGAUGCGUGAACUUUUUAACACACACUUGUACAGUGGCCCCUAGAGUGUUUGGACACUUAUAAUAUGAAUUAUUAAUCUAAAAUUAUUAUUAAUAAUUUUAAUUAUUAAAGUAUUAAUGCCAUUGCAUUUGAGAACAAAUUAUCCAACCAAGUUGCAUUUAUUUUAAAGAUACUGUAAAGAUUUUUUUUAAUUGUAAGUAAAAUAUAUAGGCUACUUCAAUUCAAAGUUUAGGACUGAUUUUGUAAUGUAAAGUCUCUUAUGUUCACCAAUUAAGGCUGCAUGUAUUUGAUCAAAUACAGCAAUAUUGUGGAAUAUUAUUACAAUUUAAAAUAACUGUUUUCUAUUUGAAUAUAUUUUAAAAUGUAAUUUAUUCCUGUGAUGGUAAAGCUGAAUUUUCAGCAUCAUUACUCCAGUCUUUGGUGUCAAAUCAUUCUAAUAUGCUGAUUCGGUGCUAAAGAAACAUUUAUUAUUACCAAUGUUGAAAACAGUUGUGCUGCGUAAUAUUUUUGUGGAAACCAUUAUCCAUUUUUCUGGGUUCUUUGAUGAAUAGAAAGUUCAAUAGAACAGCAGCAUUUAUUUUAUAAUAAUAUUAAUAAUAUUUAACUAUGAUAGGAUUUACCAAAAAAAAAAAAAAAAACUUUGUCUUUUGUCUUUUUGGACAACUUAUUAUUACUAUCCAAACACGUCAGCGGUUAAUUUUUCAUACAAGUAUGACUCCAAAUACUACAAUAAUUCAAUGUUUCUCCUAUUGUGUUGAUAAUACUGAAACCAGCAAUACUUCAAUGCCUAAUUCAGUUCUUCUCAGGUGCAACGUAUAAGCAAUCUCUCAACGUGUAGAGAGGUAAAUAGGUACUGUAGAUGAGGAGCUGCUCAUCAGAUGUGGGUGGAAUACAUAAACACUCUCUCUACCUCAAACCAGUUGUUUUGAUAGCCGUACCUUGUUUGUUCAUGUUUGAAUAAACUUGUUUGUUUUGGUGACUCA